GAAUAUUAAGGGAAGCACAACAAAGUGAAUUGUUUAUUAAUAUUGUUUUGCUUUUUAUUUUAACUUGAAUAAUGACGGGUAGCAGUGCUGUUAGAGAUGCCGCUAAAGUGUCACUGACCAGCACAGAUGCAACUGGCUGGCAUCGCUGGUGUCGUCUCUGCGCCAAAGAGCAUCCGGACAACGUAAAUGUGUAUUUCCGCAACGAUGAUCAGACAUGGACAAGUGUGCUGGCCGUGGCUAUUGGUAAAUAUUUUUGGGUCAAUAUCAAAAUGGAGGAUGAACUGAGCAACGCAUUAUGUAAAGAAUGCUGCACGCUGGUAGAGGAUCUAAUCGAAUUCUCCGAUCGAGUGAAUCGCGUCCAAACGCUUUUUAGCAAACUGCAGCAAGCCGGUUCACAGAAUACCUUAGACUAUAAUGAACUGCGAAAGGAAUGUGGCCUGCAAGCAGACGACUGGAAACAUAUCGUUUCGAAGGAGUCUGCCAUUAAAAAGACUGAAGCUGACGCAGUUGAAUACAUCGUCGAUGAAAUGGUCGAGUCAAUUGACGAAGCUGCAGAAAUAAUGGAUGAAAUUGAAGAAUCGGAAGAAUUCGUUGAGCAUGAUAAUGACAAUAACGCAUUCGACACGUACGCCGAGGAGAGCCCGGAGAAAGAGUACGUAGAAACAGAAUUAAUCAGAGAGGAAACGUACGUUGAGCAAGAGGACUCAAGUGAUGAGAGACAAACAGUGCUGAAACCGAAACCUCAUAUAAACUAUACUGACACAGAUGCAAGAGCAUCGAAAAAUGGAGAUGUACAAAAACGUGCAGAGACAGUCGCUGACACCAUCGAGGACCCCGAAGAUGCAGAUAGUGAGCACAAUCAAUUUAAAUGCACCACAUGUAGCAAAGGGUAUAAGAAUCAAUUGGCCUUUAAGCGACACAUGGCCGUAAUUCAUGGUCUGGUGCCCACAGAUAAAGACAAUCUAGAAUGUAAACGCUGUCACACCUACUUUGCGACAGAAGCUCAACUAACUGCCCAUUACCGUACGCAUUUGCAUGCCAAGGACAAGACGGAAAACACGUGUCCCUACUGUCCAAAGUUCUUCACAACAGCCGGAGCUCUCAAACGUCACGUAACGUGCAUCCAUGAGAAUAUCAAGCCAUAUAUUUGUGACUGCUGCGGCAAAGGCAUGAAGACUCUAACUGCACUUAACGAGCACAAGCUGGUGCAUACGGAUGAGUGUCCUUUUGAAUGUCCGAUUUGCUUUAGGCGGUUCAAAAACAAGGCCCGUCUGAAGAUACAUUCCGAUACGCAUACGAAUAACAACUACGAGUGUAAUAUCUGCGGCCUAAAGCUAAAUACCCGUCGCACACUCAAUAUGCACCAGCUGGUUCACACGGAUGCCAAACAGUACAAAUGUGAUGUAUGUGGUGCUGCAUUUAAGCGUGGCAAAACGUUGAAAGCGCAUUUGAUACUCCAUACGGGCAUUAGGCCGUAUAAGUGCAACUUUUGUGGUAAGGACUUUUCGAAUGGCUCCAAUUGUCGCAUGCACAAGCGCAAAACGCAUCCCAAAGAGCUGGCUGAGGAAGAAGCACGAGGUGUAAUGCGCUCUACCCUGCUGCCCAUGAUUACGGAGCUGACCGAAGCAUCCAAACGCGUUAAAAAACCGGCGAAACCAGGCACAGCAGUUAUGCGUAUAAGGGUCACGGAGGAGACAACAGAUCCAACAAAUGAGAACAUGUCCGACGAAGAAUUGGCAGCGGAGGCCGAUAACGAGGUGCUAUAUGAGAUUGUGGAGGAGUGUCCCUAAGUUGGUUACUGUAUUUAAAUAAAGAAUCCAAUUACUUUAA